CGUAUACAGGCCGAGCUGAUCCGUAGCAAGGGGUACCCCGCCCAGGAGUUUCAGGUGACAACCACCGAUGGAUACGUGCUGUCGCUGCAGAGAAUCCCCUCUGAUAUGGGUACUCCCGUCCUCCUUGUGCAUGGAUUGCUCUCGUCAGCGGUUGAGUGGGUCAUCAACUUUCCCAACCAGAGCUUAGGAUUUCUACUCGCUGACGCCGGAUAUGACGUGUGGCUGGGAAACUUCCGGGGUACCCCUUACGCUCGAGGUCACCUUCGGUACAGCGACAAGGACAGCGAGUACUGGAGGUUCAGUCUGGACCAAGUGGCCCUGUACGACAUUCCCACUCUCAUUGACUUUGUCUUAUCGAGGACGGGGCGGAGACAGCUCUUCUACGCGGGGUUCUCGCAGGGCAAUACGGCACUUUGGGCAACACUCGCCGACUUACCCCAGUACAAUGACAAGGUAUAUCAUUGUCUCCAAUGGCAAAGACCCAGAUAUAGAGAGUUUCCAUUCUUCCGUCAGAUCCGGUUGGCCAUUGCCUUGGCGCCAGUCGCCACGAUGAACUACAUCAAGAGCCCCGCCAGGUUCCUGGUCCCUUUUUCGCCGCUCCUCACGGGAGCAUCUGUGUGGUUAAACCGGGGCCGUCUCCUCGUGGGCAACGAGUCCAUCAAGAGGGCAACGUAUUUCCUAUGCGAAUCUCCCUUACGGUAUCUCUGCGUCUUACCCACGUACUUCCUCUUCGGGGUCAACCUACCGCAAGUAAACAUUACACGAUUGCCAGUCUAUGUGAGCCACAUUCCGUCAGGAGCAGCAAAGCGCAAUGUCCAGCAGUAUGCGCAGAUCAUCCGUGCUCGCAACUUUGUCAAGUACGACUACGGCACCGAAGGAAACCUCCAACGCUAUGGACAGGCAAGAAGCCCCGCCUACGACAUAAGCAAGAUCACAGCUCCUGUGGCCCUGUUCUAUAGCCAGGGGGAUUUCUUUGCCAAUCCCCAGGACGUGGCCUAUCUCAGACGGAACCUACCUAAUGUGGUGUUCGAGUACCUAAUACCAGAGCCCUCCUUCGCUCACCUGGACUUUGUACUUGGCGUCAACGCAGUGGAGGUCCUCUACAAACCGAUCAUCCGACUCUUGGACACGCUCAACUCCCUAUAACAUAUUUGCAGAGAUGACGGUGAACGUAAUAGGACGUGCCAAACUGACUCCCCCCCACCUACAUGUGCGGUCAGACUGCUCGGAACUGGACAUACGACGGUGUGCGAUUCGAUUUGGGUGACUGGCAACAUAUUCCUCAGCAGCCUUCAUUAGGAUGUGACGGUGUGUAUUGUCAUCAAGUAUAUAGGAGACCUACCUAUGGAGGUAGUCUCCUUUAAACUGACGAAAACUGUAUCUUACAUACUGGAUAACGACGCUCCCAAGGGGAGAUUGCUUUUUUGUACGUGCCAUACCGUGCGAAUAAUCCUGAAACUCCGGAAGAGAGUCGCUAUAUGGUACUGAGACAAUUUUGUGUAGCAGCGAGCUGGUGAGCGCUGACUCAGUUCACACCCUGUGGAAGUGUUCUUUGAUAUUCCUUGGGCAUUCUGCGAUAAGCAAGUCCAACCACCUAUU